GAUUAUGAUUGCCAAGAAAAUAUUAAAAAUAUGUCUGAACGAACAAAACUUCAAUUAGAAUAGUGUUUGUUGUGAAAUUUAUACAAAACUUAAAGUAAUGGGCCCACCAAAGAAAUCAAGAAAGGACAGAUUUACCGGAGAUAAAUUUGGGAAGAAACGUCGUGCUGAAGAUGAAGCUUUCACGCAAUUGGUAGAAGAUGGGGAUUCUUUGCCUUCUGACGGUGUUACGGAGUUAGACGGAGUGCCAGUGGCUGCUUCUAAAAAUGUUGAAACAAACGAUGAUGGCAUUAUGACGGACGAGUAUGGAGCCAAGGAUUAUCGUGCACAAAUGGAACUGAAGCCUGAUCAUACAAAUCGACCAUUGUGGGUUGCGCCAAAUGGGCAUGUGUUUUUGGAAUCGUUUUCGCCAGUUUAUAAACAUGCACAUGACUUUCUAAUAGCCAUUUCCGAGCCUGUCUGUCGGCCAGAACAUAUACAUGAAUAUAAAUUAACAGCUUACAGUUUAUAUGCAGCUGUGUCGGUGGGAUUACAAACACACGAUAUAAUUGAAUACCUCAAACGUUUGAGCAAGACAUCAAUUCCGGAAGGUAUUAUUGAGUUUAUUAAACUAUGUACUUUAUCCUAUGGAAAAGUGAAAUUGGUGCUGAAACACAACAGGUAUUUCAUUGAAUCACCACAUCCCGAUAUAUUACAAAAGCUUUUGAAAGAUCCAGUAAUUCAACAAUGUCGUUUAAAACGCGAAGAAGGCGAAGGUUUUAUACAAGGCACAUUAGAAGGUAAAGCCAUCACACAAUUUGGCACGAAAUUACCACCAGGUGAAACCGCAGCCACCACAUCGACAACUGACAAUGAUCCCAAUGCUGCUACUGCUGCCGGAACAGCAGCUACAACAAAUCCUGAUGGCACUCCUGCUGUACCAGAAGAUAUUACAAACUUCUACGACAAAAUUGACAACGAAGAAGAAGACGAGGAUGAGGCCAAUUUAAAAACCGUGUCCUUUGAAGUGAAUCAAGAAAAAAUCGAAGUCAUACAGAAACGCUGCAUUGAAAUUGAACAUCCCUUACUAGCUGAAUACGACUUUCGCAACGAUACACAUAAUCCCGAUAUAAAUAUAGAUUUGAAGCCAGCUGCGGUGCUGCGUCCAUAUCAAGAGAAAAGUUUGCGUAAAAUGUUUGGCAAUGGCCGUGCCAGAUCCGGUGUGAUUGUGUUGCCUUGCGGCGCUGGCAAAUCUCUUGUUGGUGUGACAGCCUGUUGCACUGUGCGCAAACGUGCUCUAGUGCUAUGCAACAGUGGUGUUUCGGUCGAACAAUGGAAACAGCAAUUUAAAAUGUGGUCCACAGCCGAUGACAGUAUGAUUUGUCGUUUUACAUCUGAAGCUAAAGACAAGCCUAUGGGUUGUGGUAUACUAGUGACCACUUAUUCCAUGAUUACGCAUACACAGAAGCGUUCAUGGGAAGCAGAACAAACUAUGCGCUGGUUACAAGAGCAGGAAUGGGGUAUUAUGGUGCUCGAUGAAGUACACACCAUACCGGCGAAAAUGUUCCGACGUGUGUUGACAAUUGUACAAUCCCAUUGUAAAUUGGGUCUGACAGCUACGCUUUUGCGUGAGGAUGAUAAAAUCGCCGAUUUGAAUUUUCUUAUUGGACCGAAACUGUACGAAGCGAAUUGGUUAGAAUUACAAAAGAAGGGCUACAUUGCCAGGGUACAGUGCGCUGAGGUGUGGUGUCCUAUGUCACCAGAAUUUUAUCGCGAAUAUCUAACAACAAAAACAUCGAAGAAAAUGUUGCUCUAUGUGAUGAAUCCAUCGAAGUUUCGUAGUUGUCAGUUCCUAAUAAAAUAUCAUGAAAAGCGCGGUGACAAGACUAUUGUGUUCUCGGAUAAUGUGUUUGCGCUGAAACACUAUGCUAUAAAGAUGAAUAAACCGUUCAUUUAUGGUCCUACCUCACAAAAUGAGCGAAUACAGAUUUUGCAGAACUUUAAAUUCAAUCAAAAGGUAAACACAAUUUUCGUGUCGAAAGUGGCGGAUACAAGUUUUGAUCUGCCCGAGGCUAAUGUUUUGAUUCAGAUAUCCUCACAUGGUGGUUCGCGUCGUCAGGAAGCUCAACGUCUUGGACGUAUUUUGCGUGCAAAGAAGGGCGCAAUUGCAGAGGAAUACAACGCCUUCUUCUACACACUCGUCUCGCAGGACACCAUGGAAAUGAGUUACUCACGCAAGCGUCAAAGAUUCUUGGUUAAUCAAGGCUACAGUUAUAAAGUGAUUACACAUCUGAGUGGCAUGGAUACUGAUCCGGAUCUGAUGUAUAAAACACGCGAAGAACAAUCACAACUUUUGCAGCAAGUAUUGUCCGCCUCAGAUCUGGAUUGCGAGGAUGAAAAAGUGCCGGGUGAGCCCGGUUAUCGGCCUAGUGGUGGCGCAGCAUCUAAACGUGCUGGCGGACUUAGUUCAAUGUCUGGCGGUGACGACGCCAUCUACUAUGAGCAGCGCAGGCGCAAUGCAGGAUCGGUGCAUCCACUUUUCAAGAAAUUUAGAGGUUAAGCAUGGUAUGCCAAUUCAAAUAAAACUAAGCGCAACACAAAUAUACAGAGCUUAAGUAAAGUGGUAAA